AAGUGGAGCAGAAACCUGCGCAUGUUGACAUCCCGCCUCUGGAAUGCAGUGCGGAAUAAACUGGACUCACCGAACCGCCAGACUCCACUCAUGUCUCCUCACCUCCUUGCUACAUCAUUGUCAUCUUCCUGGCUAAUGCCAUUUUUCCUGCUCAGUGUCCUGCUGCUGUCUGCUGCUGUCCAUGGCCAAGGUCGUCUUAAGCUGACAGUCCUGUCUGAAGACAGACUGCAGAUGAAGUGGAAGGAGGCUGAUGGGCCUGUUCAGGGUUACAAGGUCAGAGUGAGACCGAUUUCAGAGGUGCCACAGCCAGAGCUCAUGUUGACUACCACCCGGGGCCGGGCAACAGUGGCAGGUCUGGACUCCAGUCAGGAAUAUUACCUCCAGGUCCUUGUGCUCAAUGGGACGACAGAGAAACUUCUUGCAAAGAGACGAUUCACAAUGCAGACUCUGCGGGAGGAGGAGAUGAUCCGCAGUGGCACCAGAGAGCACAGGAAGAAGUUGUUGCCAGGUGGGUCAGGAUCAGGAGAACUGGAAGAUGCAACAGAGGCUCUGCUGGAUGUACCAACAGUUCUGUAUCCAGAACCUACGACUACCACUCCUGCCUCUGCCAGUACUACAGAGCCUCCAGUUACAGAUACCCCCUCUGAACUCCCAGAUAAGACCUCUGAGAAAAGUGGCAAAGAGAAGAGGAAGAAGAAGAAAGAGCGGGAUCGUUCCAAGAUGGAGAACAAGGAGGAGCAGGGAACAACACAGGGUGAACCAGCUCAGGAGAAACCCCGAAAGAGCCCAUUUCCCACCCAGCCAGGUAUGUCUUCAAGAAAACCAUUUGAAUGUGCGAGUGAUGCAGCUGCAGACAUCGUGUUGUUGGUGGACGGCUCCUGGAGCAUCGGACGCAUUAACUUCAGACGCGUCCGAGACUUCUUGGAGGGCCUAGUGACACCUUUCCACAUUGGACCGAAUCACAUUCAGAUUGGACUGACACAGUACAGUGGAGACCCACGCACAGAAUGGCACCUUAACAACUUCACCUCUAAAGAGCAGCUGUUGGAGGCAGUGAGGAACUUCAGAUAUAAGGGAGGAAACACAUUUACAGGUCAGGCACUACUCCAUGUCAUGGAGGAGAACAUGAGGUCCAGUGCGGGUGCAAGAUCUGACACUCCGUUUUUUCUGGUGUUGUUGACUGAUGGGAAAUCUCAGGAUGAUGCCAUUGCUGCAGCCACCCGGCUGAAAAAUGCAGGCAUUGAAAUCAUCGCUGUCGGUGUAAAGAACGCUGAUGAAGCGGAGUUGAGACAAGUGGCCUCGGAGCCAGUGGAUCUGAAUGUCUACAAUGUUAAUGACUUCCCUCUGCUCAGCAAGCUGGUGGCACGCCUGGUCCACAUAUUGUGCGGGAGGAUAGAGGAGCGUGGCAUCACAAAGCGAAUGGAGCCUGGUUCCACAGCAGAUCCGACCCUCUCCUACCCCAGUCCUACUGAUCUCCGGUUUUCAGAACUUGGUUCCAGAGAGGUGAAGCUUCACUGGACCAAUCCUGUGAAGCCGGUCCAACAGUACAGAGUUGUGUACCACAGUGCUGAGAGUCAGAGUCCACAGGAGGUGGUGUUACCUGGCUCAGAAUCUGUUGUGCUGCUGGAAGGCCUCUCCUCUCAAACUCUGUACCACGUCUCUAUCUUUCCCGUGUAUGAGGACAACGUAGGCUUAGCGCUCAGAGGGACUGUCACAACAUUGCCACUGGCCAUGCCUGCCAACUUGAAAGUGACUCCUUCAUCUUACAGCACAUUGCAAGUGAGUUGGGGUGCUGCACCCGGCGCAACACAGUACUUGAUCCUGUACUCAGCACUCAGCCACGGAGAGCCUGAUGAUGCCAAGGAGGAGAAAUUUGGUGCAGAACAAACUGUGGUGGAGCUGGCAGGAUUACUGCCAGCCACAGACUACUCUGUCACUCUUUAUGCGCUUUAUGAGGAGGAACCCAGCGACCCUGUCACUGCUGUUACCACCACAUUCCCCCUCCCAACACCACUGAGUGUUCAGUUCCCGAUGGUCACCCACAGUAUGAUGAAGGUGAGCUGGGUGCCCGGGGCUGGGGAUGUCCCCGGCCAUAGAAUCACCUACAGCACCAACCACGGCAGUGAUGUCAAGCAGGUGGAAGUGACAGGAGUGAACUCAGUGCUGGUGCAGAACCUUUCCUCUCUUUCCAGAUACCUCAUUUCUGUUCAGUCUCACUACGCACAAGGCCUGUCUGCAGCGCUCACCAGUAACGUCACCACACUGAAGGUGCCUCCUCCUUCAGACCUUAGGGUAACUAAUUUCUCAGACAGUGACAUCAUGGUGCGCUGGGAAGCUGCAGCUGAUGAUGUUGUUUCUUACCUCAUUAAGUGGAUCUCCCUAAGUGGAGGCGACCUGAGACAGCUGCGUAUGAGUGGUGACAGUGAAGGAGCAGUUCUUGGAGGGGUGGAGGAUGAUAAAGAAUAUCAGAUUUCACUGUCUGCACUCUAUGGAGAUGGAGCUCAGAGUGAAGCUGUGGCCAUACGCUACAGCACCUUGUCUGGUGGAGGCCCAACCAGCCUCACGGUUUCUGAUGAGACUGCCGUCAGCAUGGUGAUCAGUUGGGUACCUCCCAAUGCUCAUGUCCUCCAGUAUCGCGUGUCCUACACAGCAUUGACUGGAGCUGAUAGCCAGGAUCACACUGUGCUGGUCCCUGGUGGAGAGAAGCAGGUGAUGCUGGAGUCACUGCAGCCAGAUACGCGCUACAGCAUCUUGGUCACUGCUGAGUACCACAACAGAGAAGGAGGCAGCGGUUCAGCUCAGGGCAAAACUGCCACUUUGCGGGUAAGCAGUGCGAGUGUGGUCAGGUCAGACCACUCCAGUAUCUGUGUGUCAUGGAGACCAGUAUCUGCCGUUGAUGGAUAUCGUAUUGUAAUCCAGGAUGUAAAAGACAAGCAAUCAAAGCAAGAAGUUGUGAGUAAGUCCAGCAGAAGCCACUGUUUCACUGAUCUGGAACCUGAGACUCUGUAUCGCAUCAGUGUGCACUCUCUUCUCGGCUCAGCAGAGGGCCCGGCAGUCUCCAUCCUCCAUCCCACAGCUGCAGCUCCAGCCCGAAUUGCCAUCCAUCCCCGGAUGUACCCUAUCCACAAUGAAGUGUGCCCUGAAGUCACCAUCAGAAACAGCAUUGUUAAAGGGUUCAACAUGAUGGAAGCCUUUGGUCUGACUCAGAGAGCUCACUCAUCGGUGGAGGGAGUGGCAGCUGAGCCUUUUGUCUUCAACACGCUCCCCACCUACACUCUGUACAGAGACGUCCAACUGACACAGAGCACCAAGUUUAUCCACCCCGCAGGUUUCUCCCCAGAGCACACCAUCAGCAUUGCCUUCCGAAUGCUGCAGGAUACACCCAGGGAGCCUUUUGCUCUCUGGCAGCUCACAGACAAUGACUUCCAGCCAAAGAUGGGAGUGGUGAUUGACCCAACCACCAAGCACCUGUUAUACUUCAGUCUGGACUACAGAGGUGAAGUGCAGGAGCUGACCUUUGACCAGCCACAGGUCCACAGGCUGUUCUAUGGCAGUUUCCACAAGGUUCACCUUUCUGUUAGCCAGGUGAGUGUAUCCUUGUCUGUGGACUGUCAGCACGUGGGUGAGAGGCCAGCCCGUCCUCUAGGCAACCUGCCCACCGAUGGAUUUGAGAUGCUGGGAAAACUGGUGAAGACCCGAGGACCUAACAGUGGCUCAGCCCCGUUUCAGCUGCAGUCUUUUGAAAUCGUCUGUAACACCACGUGGGCUUCAGAGGAUACCUGCUGUGACCUGCCUGGAGUGAGAGAUGAGGAGAGCUGCCCUGCCCCUGCGUACACAUGUACCUGUUCCUCUGACGUCCCUGGAGCUCCUGGUCCCCCUGGACCACCUGGGAAGCCAGGCCCUCGUGGCGAAAAAGGUGAAAAAGGAGAACAUGGCCAAAAGGGAGAAGUAGGUCCUCCAGGAAAUCCUGGACUUGAGGGAGGCCUUGGACCUGUGGGCAGCAUCGGGCCACGAGGCAUUACAAUGCAGGGCAAAAAGGGUCCACCAGGAGCAAGGGGAGAGAAGGGAGAUCCUGGGCGACCGGGAGUGCAGGGGGUACCAGGACCACCAGGUCAAAAAGGGGAGGAGGGAAUCGCAGGUGCCAAGGGCAUCAGAGGUGUGGAAGGGAACAUGGGCGCACCCGGCAUCACUGGACCCAGGGGUUUCCAAGGAAUGCCAGGAUACCCAGGGCCUAUAGGAGAAAGGGGCCCCCCAGGUCCUGUGGGACCUACGGGCUUGCCAGGUAAUAAAGGGGAAAGAGGAGAAAAGGGAGAACCUCAGUCCAUGGCUAUGAUCUACCAACUGGUCACACAGGCCUGUGAACAACUAGUACAUAAGGAGGUGUUAAAACUCGACAUGUUCAUUAACGAGAUCGGUCGUAAGCCAGUUCCAAUUGAAGAGCCAGUGGGGCCUCCAGGGGAACCAGGAAUACCAGGGCCCAAGGGCCCACCGGGUGAGAGGGGCUCACAGGGUCGUGUAGGCCCAAGGGGAACACCUGGCAGGCCUGGAUAUCCAGGAGAGCAAGGAAGGAAAGGUGUGCCUGGGGACAAAGGUGAUGCAGGGUCCAAUGUCCAGGGUCACCCAGGGGUCAAGGGAUUAGCAGGACCUCCUGGUGAGUCUAAGCUGGGAAUCCCAGGUCCCAAAGGAGAAAAUGGUAUGCUGGGGCCAUCUGGGAUCCCCGGAACACCAGGUCAGCCGGGCGAGAUUGGACCACCGGGUGUUUGUGACAACAGCGGAGGCUGCCACAUGCUUCCUCAGCAAACAGACUCUUAUGAUGACUACCAGCCUUGAAUGGAGAAAACAUGCAGGAGGCAGUGGUAAGGUGACUGACAUCUGUAGGAAAUGACUGGUUAAUUUGGAAGUGAGCAAAAGACUGACACUGGAGCACAGAAGAACUUUGAAGAGGUUUGAAGAGGUUUGCUGCAUUGAAAAAGAAAAUAGUAAGGGAAGAUUGUGUCUCUCUCUUCUCUUAUUAAAAUCUUCACUCAUGUUUCAAAUCAGCUAAGAAAUUAUUCACUUAAGAACAAUUAGGGAGCUUUUUCGUACAAAACCUACCAGUUGAUGGAUAGCUUCAUAAGAGAUCUUUUCCCAGUGGAAUCAGUAAAGUCUUGCCUUAAACAAUGUAUUCGCACUGAAAUCUUUGUUGCCACGUUUCUGUAUUCAUGCACUGUAUCAAUGCCAAAUAGUUUAGCUGCAUAUGUUAUUUUCUGUGUAUUUCAUUUGCCAUUCUAACCUUAACUGCCUCAAGAAGAAUGAAAUUGCAUAAUCCAUGGUGGAAAAGCUUCUUUUUCUUCCAUGGUAUAAAUGAUGCUGUGAGAACAUUUCUUUCCACGUGUAUGAUAAUUGUUAUAUUGUUAAUUAUAUUAACUGUAUCUGGAUAUCCAUGUUUAUUUUAAACUGUAUGAAUUCUAAUUGCUUAUUUGUGUUUACAUUUAAUGAUUUUCAAAGCUUUGGUGACAAGAAUUUGUGUAUAAAAGAAAGAGAAAUACAGUGUCAGAUAAUAUUUCUUUUGG